UGAACUGAAGAUGAAGAAGAAGGGACAGAGACAGACAAGCGGAAGCUCAUAGCAUAUCAUGGAAAACUCCUCCAUUAGCUCCUCACAUGGUGUUGAGAUAGAGAGAGAGAGAGAGAGAGCUGUGGAUCUGAAAAGAAACGAAAAGCUAUCGUCUUCCUCAACUCAGCCCAUCUUUUCUAAGUCUAGUCUCUGCUUCUCCUGGUAUCGUCGUCUUCCCAUGCCAUCCUCCUCCUAGCUCGAACCCGAAACAGAACAGCCAAUGCCUUGCUGCCUAGAAGACCGGACCAGACCCUGACCUCACCGGACCAUCAAACCAUCAUCAAUUAACUAACGAGAGCUUUGCUUUCACUCAAAUCCAAAUCACUCUCUCUCACUCACAGCUUUCUUCUUCUUUAUGUAAGGGCUAAUAAGGAUUAGAUUAAAAAAAAAAAGGAGUAGAAACUUUGUUGCAGUUGUUCCAUCCAGCUCCCAAAAUCAAUCUGCCCGGAUGGGAGUCCGCUGCUCCAAGGUCUCUCUCUGCUGGUGGCCCUCCCAUCUCCCUUCCAACCUCCACCCCUCCGAUCUCGAGAAUGGGGUCUUGAGUGAAGCAGGCAGCGGAUUGCCGGUGUUCAGGGAGUACAGCCUCGAUCAGUUGAAGGCUGCCACUUCUGGCUUCUCCCGCGACAACGUCGUCUCCGAACAUGGGGAGAAAGCUCCCAAUGUGGUCUUCCGGGGUAAGCUCGAUGAUGAUCACUGGAUUGCUGUUAAGCGCUUCAACAAGUCCGCCUGGCCCGAUCCGAGACAGUUCCUGGAGGAAGCAAAAGCAGUUGGGCAGUUAAGGAGUGAGUGGUUAGCAAACUUGAUAGGGUGCUGCUGUGAGGGCAAUGAGAGGCUGCUUGUUGCUGAGUUCAUGCCGAAUGAGACUUUAUCCAAGCAUUUGUUCCACUGGGAGAAUCAACCCAUGAAAUGGGCAAUGAGAAUAAGAGUGGCUCUCUACUUGGCACAAGCACUGGAAUACUGCAGUGGGAAAGGGCGGGCUCUGUACCAUGACCUUAAUGCUUACAGAGUCCUAUUUGACAAGGAUGGUAAUCCCAGGCUCUCUUGCUUUGGCCUCAUGAAGAAUAGCAGAAACGGCAAGAGCUACAGCACGAACUUGGCUUUCACUCCUCCAGAGUACCUUAGAACAGGAAGAGUGACACCCGAAAGUGUAGUAUACAGCUUCGGCACCGUGCUGCUUGAUCUUCUCAGUGGAAAGCACAUUCCCCCAAGCCAUGCGCUUGACCUGAUACAUGGAAAAAAUUUUCUCGUGCUGAUGGACUCAUGCUUGGAGGGGCAUUUCUCAAAUGAUGACGGAACCGAACUUGUCCGCUUAGCCUCAAGGUGCUUACAGUACGAACCUCGAGAAAGGCCACAUGUCAAAUCUCUUGUGACUUCUCUGUUGCCUCUUCAGAAAGAUACUCAGGUAUCGUCAUACAUUUUGAUGGGUCUUUCCCAAGAAACUGCAGCCUCGAAACAAACACUUUCAUUGACCCCUUUUGGUGAAGCCUGCUUCAGGAAGGAUGUUAUUGCAAUACAUGAAAUGCUAGAGAAAAUGGGAUGCAAGGAUGAUGAGACAGAUGCCAGUGAGGUUUCUUCCAAAAUGUGGCAAGCGGAGGAGUCCUUGAAUUCUAAAAACCACGGGGAUGCAGCAUUUCGAGCCAAAGACUUUACCACCGCCAUCGACUGUUAUACUCGAUUCAUCGAUGGGAGAACUGUAGUAACACCUACUGUUUAUGCACGGCGGUGCUUAUGUUACUUGAUGAACAACAUGGCUCAAGAAGCUCUUGGAGAUGCUAUGCAAGCCCAAGUUGCUUCUCCUGAGUGGCCCACCGCCUUUUAUCUUCAAGCAGCUGCACUUUUCAGUCUCGGAAUGGACAAUGAUGCUGUGGAAUCCCUGAAGGAUGGCACGAAUUUGGAAGCCCAUUUAUACAGAAACUGAAAAUCUUCAUCCCAGUAACCAACACUGGCAUAGAGAUUUGCAAGCUGAACAUAAGUGGCUGCACAUCGAGGCUCCAGCACCAGCCUACUCUCUGCAGCCUCAAUCCCGAUCCAGACACCCCCAUGGACCCUACAAGAAGAGAGCAACGAUCCCCAUAUCACACCAUUCGCGCUGAUAGGCAUCCUCUCAAUGAAGCUCCGAGCCUCUUCAAGCUU